UCUACUUUCAUUUCAUAUCCAUUUCCCUUACUCUCCGGCGGCCAAAAUGAGCCAUAAUCAGCCGGACCUCUCCGCCGCCGGCGACCACCGGCAAUCAGAAAACAAACCCACCUUACCAAAAACCCAAACCAUAUCCAUAGCCAAACUCUUCUCUUUCGCCGACACUUAUGAUUAUUUCCUCAUGUUUUUUGGAUCCAUUGGAGCUUGUGUUCAUGGUGCUUCUGUCCCUGUUUUCUUCAUUUUCUUUGGUAAAUUGAUCAAUAUCAUUGGACUAGCUUAUCUCUUUCCGGCCGCCGCAUCCCAUAAAGUUGCUAAGUAUUCACUGGAUUUUGUGUAUCUCAGUGUGGUUAUUCUAUUCUCUUCAUGGAUAGAGGUGGCAUGUUGGAUGCAUAGUGGAGAAAGACAAGCGGGGAAGAUGAGAAUGGCGUAUUUAAGAUCAAUGUUGAAUCAAGAUAUUAGUUUAUUUGAUACUGAAGCUUCUACUGGUGAAGUUAUUGCUGCCAUUACUAGUGAUAUUAUUGUUGUUCAAGAUGCCCUAUCCGAGAAGGUGGGGAAUUUUAUGCAUUACAUAAGUCGAUUCUUAGCUGGUUUCAUAAUCGGAUUUGUACGAGUAUGGCAAAUAAGUCUCGUAACUCUCUCCAUCGUUCCCUUAAUUGCUCUUGCCGGCGGUAUCUACGCUUAUGUAGCCACAGGUCUCAUUGCAAGUGUUCGAAAAUCUUAUAUUAAAGCUGGCGAAAUCGCUGAAGAGGUUAUUGCCAAUGUUAGAACGGUUCAUGCAUUCGCGGGCGAAGAAAGGGCUGUAAAAGCUUAUAAAACGUCGCUCCUUGGAACUUAUAGUUACGGAAGAAAAGCUGGUUUGGCGAAAGGUUUAGGCCUCGGAACUUUGCAUUGUGUUCUUUUUCUUUCGUGGGCACUUCUAGUCUGGUUUACGGGUAUCGUCGUUCAUAAGGAUAUCGCUAAUGGUGGAGAUUCUUUCACUACUAUGCUCAACGUCGUCAUUGCUGGCUUGUCAUUGGGGCAGGCGGCGCCGGACAUCUCCGCCUUCAUCAGAGCAAAAUCAGCAGCAUAUCCAAUCUUCAAAAUGAUCGAAAGAGAUACAAUAAUCAAGAAGAGCGAAAACAACAAAUCCGGUACAAAACUAAACAAAGUAGAAGGCGGAAUCGAAUUUCAAACCGUAAAUUUCCACUAUCCAUCUCGUCCAGACGUACCAAUCUUCACCAAUUUCAAUCUCCAAAUCCCUCCCGGAAAGAUCGUCGCCUUAGUAGGCGGUAGCGGAUCCGGAAAAAGCACAGUCAUAUCAUUAAUCGAACGUUUCUACGAACCAACCGCCGGCAAAAUCCUCCUAGACGGCUUCGAUAUCAAAUCAUUAGAUCUCCAAUGGUUAAGAAAACAAAUCGGAUUAGUAAAUCAAGAACCAGCUCUAUUCGCAACAACAAUAAGAGAGAAUAUACUAUACGGAAAAGACGAUGCUACAAUGGAUGAUAUAACACGAGCUGCUAAGUUAUCAGAAGCGGUUAGUUUCAUAAACAAUUUACCUGAUAGAUAUGAAACGCAGGUAGGUGAGAGAGGGAUACAGUUAUCGGGAGGACAGAAACAGAGGAUUGCGAUUGCGCGUGCUUUGGUGAAGAAUCCUUCGAUACUUUUGUUAGAUGAAGCUACGAGUGCGCUUGAUGCGGAAUCGGAGAAGAGUGUUCAGGUUGCGCUUGAUCGUGUUAUGGUGGGAAGAACGACGGUGGUGAUUGCGCAUAGAUUGUCUACUGUUAGACAUGCGGAUACGAUUGCGGUUGUGAGAAAUGGUGAAAUUGUUGAAAUUGGAAGCCAUGAUGAGUUGAUUUCGAGAAGAGAUAGUGCUUAUUCUUCUCUGGUUCAUCUUCAAGAAACCGCUACUUUGCAUCGUCUUAAUUCUCAAGGUCCUUCUAUGUCAAGACCCGUCAGCAUGAAAUUUUCACGAGAGUUGUCCCGAACAAUGAGCCGAGGAACAAGCUUUCAGUCCGAUAGAAUUUCAAUUGGAUGGAUAGGCGGUGAAGAAAAUGUUAAUAAAAUGAAAGUCGAUGUUUCCAGCCGGAGAUUAUACUCUAUGAUCGGUCCAGAUUGGAAAUAUGGAAUCUCGGGCACGAUUUGUGCCUUUAUUGCCGGAGCUCAGAUGCCACUUUUCGCUCUUGGUGUCACUCAAGCUCUUGUAUCUUAUUACAUGGGAUGGGAGACUACACAACGCGAAGUUAAGAAAAUUUCUCUACUUUUUUGUGGAGGUGCUUUUAUAACCGUCAUUGUUCAUGCUAUUGCUCAUCUUUCUUUCGGGAUUAUGGGAGAGCGACUCACUCUUCGUGUUCGCGAAAAGAUGUUUUCAGCCAUUUUGAAAAAUGAGAUUGGGUGGUUUGACGGCAUGGAGAACUCGAGUUCUAUGCUCGCGUCGCGUUUGGAGGCUGACGCCACGUUGUUGAGAACUGUGGUUGUCGAUCGCUCUACGAUUUUACUACAAAAUCUUGGUUUGGUUGUCACCUCGUUUAUCAUUGCGUUUAUAUUGAAUUGGAGAUUGACUCUUGUUGUUAUGGCGACUUAUCCUUUGAUCAUAAGCGGUCAUAUAAGCGAGAAAAUGUUUAUGAGAGGAUAUGGAGGAAACUUAAGCAAAGCAUAUCUAAAAGCAAACAUGCUAGCCGGUGAAGCCGUAAGCAACAUUCGAACCGUGGCUGCAUUUUGCGCCGAAGAGAAAGUUCUCGAUCUUUACUCUCAUGAACUCGAAGAGCCUUCAAGACGUUCAUUCGUUCGUGGCCAAAUUGCGGGUAUUUUCUAUGGAGUUUCUCAAUUCUUCAUAUUCUCAUCUUACGGCCUAGCUUUAUGGUAUGGUUCUACUCUAAUGGCGAAGGAACUUGCUAGCUUUAAAUCGGUCAUGAAAUCUUUUAUGGUUCUCAUUGUAACCGCUCUUGUUAUGGGAGAAACACUUGCAAUGGCACCGGAUAUUCUUAAAGGUAACCAAAUGUUGGCGUCGGUUUUUGAAGUGCUUGAUAGGAAAACCGAGGUUAAAAGCGACGUUGGUGAAGAUGUGUCGAAGGUAGAAGGAAAUAUAGAAUUGAAAGGGGUACAUUUUAGCUAUCCUUCACGUCCGGAUGUUGUUAUAUUCAAGGAUUUCGAUUUGAAAGUUCGCGCCGGCAAGAGCAUGGCUCUUGUGGGACAGAGUGGCUCCGGAAAGAGCUCGGUCAUUGCUCUCAUUCUUCGCUUUUAUGAUCCAACCUCGGGAAGAGUCAUGAUCGAUGAUAGAGAUAUCAGGAAAUUGAAGCUAAAAACACUACGCAAACACGUCGGUUUAGUCCAACAGGAACCGGCCCUAUUCGCGACAUCAAUUUUCGAAAACAUCCUCUAUGGAAAAGAAGAAGCUUCGGAAGGAGAAGUGAUGGAAGCCGCAAAGCUAGCAAAUGCACAUAACUUCAUAAGCGCCCUACCUGAGGGAUAUUCAACCAAAGUAGGAGAACGAGGUGUUCAACUUUCGGGUGGCCAAAAACAACGCGUAGCCAUUGCUCGCGCGGUUCUAAAGAAUCCGGCUAUACUUCUUUUGGACGAGGCAACUAGUGCUUUAGAUGUUGAGUCGGAAAGAGUGGUUCAACAAGCGUUGGAUAGGUUAAUGAAGAAUCGAACGACGGUUAUGGUGGCUCAUCGACUUUCUACUAUUAAGAAUGCGGAUCAAAUUGCGGUUUUGCAAGAUGGGAAGAUAAUUGAGAAAGGAAUACAUUCGGAGCUAGUGGAGAAUAAGAAUGGAGCUUAUUAUAAACUCAUCAAUUUACAACAGCAACAACAACAACAAAAAUGAGUUUUAAUAUUGUACUAUUAUUAUGUUAUUACAUACUAUGUUUUAAACUUAAAUAUUUACUGUGUACUAUAUAAAUUGUAAAAUUUGGUAACAGAUUAUUUGCAACAAUAAGCAUUUAAAGAAAUUUGAGAUUGAUUGUAAUUGUAUGUUCUUCUUCAA